CUGAGUAAACUUUGAUCCCUUGAGAAGGACGGCAGAGGCCUAAUGCUGAGGGGAGAUCGUCUCCAAUAUUGUGAUGGUACAGGGGAUCACUAGAGGCUGAGUGGAAAUCUACUAUGAUAUUGGGGAUCACUAGAGGCUGAGAGCUAAGGCAGCUAGACAGGGGACAGACCUGGGUGAACUACAGGUCACAGCAGUCAGGAAACUCAUCAGACAAACCCAGUGACUGACAGCAGCUUCCUGGUGACGGAGACGAUCGGUGUCAUCUGUCUGGACAAGAGGAAUAAAGUUCACUUUUUAUGCGUCAUCUGGGAAGCUGAAUGUCCUCUAUACCUCAGAUCAGUCAGGCACACAGAGAAACCUCAAAUUAACUGAGUACCAAGAAGAAUAAGGGUUCAUUUAGAUAUAGCAGAGCUGGAAAAGUGAUAGAUCGGGCUGCAAGAACGAGGAACCACAAGAGCGGUCUGGACUCUGGGAUCUAAAAUAAGCUGAGGAAGAAAAACUUUAUAGAAGGGAGAAUACACAGAAAGACAAGAGGCAAUAAAUAAAGCAUCAACUAUUAUGUCCACCGAUGAAAAAGAAAUCACUGGAGACACAGCAAAGGAGAAGUCAGCAAUGACAUCAGAGGAGAAGUCAGCAACGACAUCAGAGGAGAAGUCAGCAAUGACAUCAGAGGAGACAUCAGAAAUGACAUCGGAGGAAACGUCAGCAACAACAUCAGAGGAGAAGUCAGCAAUGACAUCAGAGGAAACAUCAGCAAUGACAUCAGAGGAGAAGUCAGCAAUGACAUCAGAGGAAACAUCAGCAAUGACAUCAGAGGAGAAGUCAGCAACGACAUCAGAGGAGGCGUCAGCAGCAACAUCAGAGGAAACAUCAGCAAUGACAUCAGAGGAGAAGUCAGCAAUGACAUCAGAGGAGACGACAGCAAUGACAUCAGAGAAGAAGUCAGAAACAGCAUCAGAGGAGAAGUCAGCAAUGACAUCAGAGGAGAAGUCAGCAAUGACAUCAGAGGAGAUGACAGUAAUGACAUCAGAGGAGAAGUCAGCAAUGACAUCAGAGGAUAAGUCAGCAACAAUAUCAGAGGAGACGUCAGCAAUGACAUCAGAGGAGAUGACAGCAAUGACAUCAGAGGAAAUUACAGCAAUGACAUCAGAGGAGAUGACAGCAAUGACCUCAGAGGAGACAACAGCAAUGACAUCAGAGGAGACAUCAGCAAUGACAUCAGAGGAGAAGUCAGCAAUGACAUCAGAGGAGAUGACAGCAAUGACAUCAGAGGAGAAGUCAGCAAUGACAUCAGAGGAGAUGACAGCAAUGACAUCAGAGGAGAAGUCAGCAAUGACAUCAGAGGAGAAGUCAGCAACAAUAUCAGAGGAGAUGACAGCAAUGACAACAGAGAAGAUGACAGCAAUGACAUCAGAGGAGAUGACAGCAAUGACAUCAGAGGAGACGACAGCAAUGACAUCAGAGGAGACAUCAGCAAUGACAUUAGAGGAGACGAUAUCAUCAAAGUUACCACUAACCACUAAGUCACCAGCAAACUCACCAUUCUGGUCUACAUUGUCUACAUUAUGGUCUACGUUAUUCCAUGGAAUAUGUCCAUCAUUUGUUAACUUACUAGCGGAUUCCGAUGCAGAAACAAAAAGCAAAGAUGGAAAUAUCCGGGCUGAACCAGAUCAGGAGGACACAGAGAACAAACAGAACGAUUGUAAGAUAAAAAAUGGAGACAACGGCAAUAAGGAACCAGAUGAUGAAGACUGUGAGAUUCUUCCUGCGCCCGAAAACAUUAAGGAUGAAGAUAAUGCAGGAGAUGGAGACCAAGAGACGGGAAGACCCUCGACUGAAGGAAAACUCAACACCAUCCGGGAUCUGCUCACAAAUACGUCGUGGUUCGGAUUGAUUUCUCAGACUAAACACAAGGUCGGAAUCUUUUCAAGAUCCUCAGAAACCAACUAUCAAUGGCUGAAAACAAGGCUGGAAUCUGGAUCCUUCCGGAAUGUCAUAGAGAAUGUCCAGUCUACUUAUAUCCGUAACAAUGGCUUCCGGCAGUUCAUGGAGGACGUGUCCCGGUGCACGUUCGGAAUCCUGUAUCACACGAAGAACAGAGGACGGAUCAAUGUCACCAAUGUCACCGACUCUCUGUACGACGAGGAGCUGAGUUAUUUGUGUGAGAUGUUAGGGAGAAGCAAUGUGAUUGUGAUCAUCGAUGACCUGAGUGAUGACAGUGACCAGAAGAAGGACCAUAUCCUGGAUAACCAGCCAAGCAUCAGGGAGCAGGCCCGGGACCUGUUCCUAUUUACCUCCAGUGAUCACCAAUGAUGGCGGUGGGAGAUGCCCCAGAGGUUCCUCAGUUAUAAUACACAGAGGUCCCAUCUUAUAUGGAAACCACAAGCGUCUGUCAUUCUAUUCCUGUACGAGUAGACACAAUGGUCACAAUGUAGACGGAUACAGUAUGUGUCAUUGCAUUGAGUGGAUAGAUAUGUCUGUGUAUCCUUUCUCUUUUGUUAUAUGACUCUGAAUACACUUAUUACUGGUUCAGCCUUUCUCCAUAAUAUAUACUGUAGGUAUAUUAUGAAUUAAAAAAUCAUGGGAUAAUAUUGCAUAUAUAGGAUCGUAUAUUAUCACAUCACAGCGUUAUAUAAAUAAGGCAGGACUGUCAUAGAUCCCUGUACACAUUAUACUUUUUAUUCUUAAGUUUUUAUUUUUCUUAGGUAUCUCUAUGUAGUCCUCACCCCGUCACCUAUUGUCUGUAUUCCUAUAUUGUUAUAUUGUCUGUACAUUUCUGUACAAACAGUAUGUUUAGAAUGCUUGGUUCCGAUGGCAGGGGUGGUGACGUCACCCCAGACCCCUCCAUUCAUGUCUAUGGGAGGGGGCGUGAUGGCCGUGUGGGUAAAACACAUUGCAAAAAUGUUUUCUGACUCUGAAGUGUUAUCCAGUUUCCCGUAUUAGUAUUGAGUAAGUGUUUCAUGAGCCUGAUAGAACCGCCAUGUGGAAACAGACCAUUAAAACAAUUCACCAUUAAGGUAAUGAAGAACGGAUUAUUGUUAUAUUACCUUGAAUUACCUGAAGUGUCCAGUAGAUGACUGCGCCAACAAGUCCAGUCCAGUCCAGCUGAACAAGCCAAGCAGAGAGAAAGCAAAUUAAGGAGAUUACCAGGGUCGGUCACAAGAGAGCAGCUGAGAGAUACAUACUGGCAUUUGGAGAGAUCAGAACUGAUGCCAGUACAGCCUAUGGGAGCAGCAAGAGAAACUUCAGCUGGACUGAUCUGGUUACGGGCCUGAAGCUCCUCUCCCAUGGCCCACAGCAGAUUUUAAAGGCCUUGAGGUUCGGUUUUGGAAAUUCAAAGUGUUUAGCCUAAUACAGUUUACACUGCGUAGCAGGACUUUGUAUGGGCCGAAUCUCUUCUAUGUGCACCAACAGCCGUUAGGGUGAAGAUCAGGGUGGGCUGCAGGUGUGCUUGUGGGUGAGUAAGGGAGACCUAUAGCCACAUUGCCUUGUCUGACUCUGAGAUAUACUAUACUAUGUGAAUCCUGGUAGAAAAAACAGACAUGGGCGCACAUCCACAAUUUUGAAUUAUGAUCUAAUUGCUUCUCAGCAUAAUUACAAAAACUAACAGGUUGUUAGAAUAUACGUUUUGAUCAAAAGGUACAAAGCCCACUCGCCACGUCAAGGCCACCUAUUUAGAGUGGGUCCCUAACGUCCCUAGCAUAAAAUGGUGUAGCACUGGGCGGCGCCCACCACCGCCGCGACACCAGUGCCCACAGGGGGAAUGACCCACUGGCAGAGCGGCCCCAGUGCCACCCAAACCAGUCUCUGGGCCGCAUCCCCCGCAGACACGACGCCGCGGCAGCAACGGACGCCGCACAGCACCACACCAGUGUGAACAAGGUGUAACAGCACAUUUACCAUGUGCUCCCAGUCAGACUGGGAGACUGCUAGAAAAUGAAAGGGCCCAGGUGUAGCUACCUGCUACUUAUAUAGGGUUGGGCUGAGGGGGUGGGGAGGAGUGCAGGCCAAGUGGAACAAAAAAAAGGAGGGGAUAGAAUACACAAUGUGAAUCCUGGUAGAAAAAACAGACAUGGCCGCAUAUCCACAAUUUUGUAUUAUGAUCUAAUUGCUUCUCAGCAUAAUUACAAAAAUUACUAUACUAUGUUAUGUUAUUAACGGUUGUUGUUUUUUUUCCCUUCCUGCAAUAUAAAGUUAG